CUUUCAAAUCACACACACUCACACAGAAACUUCUCAUUUCUCUCUCACCGGAAAACCAUCAUGUCUCCGACGUUCAUAUUUCCCCCAAAUCUCGCCGCCCUAGAGCAACAAGAUUCCGGCGAUGAUGCUUCUGUUCUCUCCGUCCAACACUCCACCUGCAUCUCCUCUCUCCGUCCUUCAGAUCUCGAAGAAUUCGUCAAAGGCAUUUCGUUCGAUUUAUCGGACAAAGAGCUGUUUUGCGUCGAAGAACAAGACGUUUUUGAUAGGAUUUACUCAUUGGUUAAGUGUUUUGGUGACCUAACUCCUGGUUCGAAGCUGAAUAUUGUUGAGAGUCUUCGGUCGAAUUUUAGUGUGUUGCUUCCGAAUAUUGAUUCGCUUUUUAGGGCUCCGGCUUCGCCUGCUAGUGGGAGUGGAUGUGGUGACGGUGGUGGUGUGCUUGAUAGAGUUAAUUCGCACCGGAAUGCGUUUAUUGGCAUUGGUUAUCAAGUUGUGGUGGUUGUUUCUUGA